GUUUGUUUUAACCAUUUUAUUAAAGGCAAUUUCGUCUCUUGUGUUGUUCAGUGCUGUUACAAGUCAGGUGGUGUAAAGGGCUCAGGUGCUGUUGACAGAGGCGCUGGUGGUUUCUGACACAUACAACAAGCACAAUCCUUCUCUUGCCAUAUAGUGGAUAGACAGAACGUCAGAAAUUCUCCUUGCUUUACUGAAGAUGGCAUUUACAGGCUUUCUUGCUGCAUCUGAUAUUUCUUCUGCCAUCAAUGCUUGCAAAGCAAAAGAUUCCUUUAGCCCAAAGACAUUUUUUGCAACGUUGGGUCUAUCCAAGAAGACUCCAUCUGAGAUAGAGAAGGUUUUUAAAAUGCUUGACCAAGACCAAAGCGGAUUUAUUGAGCAGGAUGAGUUACAAUUAUUUCUGCAGAAUUUCUCAAAAGGGGCACGGACUCUCACUGCAGCUGAGGUGAAGGCCUUCCUCGUGGCUGGAGAUAUGGAUGGGGAUGGAAAGAUUGGCUGGGAAGAAUUCUCAGCUCUUGUGAAUGAUUCUUGAGCCCAGAUCUUCUAAACAACACUGGAGAAAGAAACACUGCUGAAUGUUUACUUUGAGAUGGGAAAUUAAUAUUAUAAUUAUAAUAUUAAUUAAAAUUAUAUAUAAAUAUAUAUAUAUAUAAAUUUGU